CAGCAGUGGAACUUGUCCUGGUAAAGGGAUUAGAAACCAGUGGCACUCUUGAAAACAUCUGCAGCAGAACUCAAUAUUGACUGCAUCACAAGCCCUCACCACUAAAACAGAAAAAUCAUGCUCAUGGACUGGAGGAGACAAGACAGCAGUGGAUUUAACACCUUUGAAGAACCCAGUGUGCAAAAGAAAAAAAGGAGGCACAGUCCCUAAGGAGAGACCCUUGGUGUUUGAUACCAUGGAUCAUACAAGUCCAGGCAGCCUCCAUAGCUGAGAGACUGCCUUGAAAAUGGAGGAGAUUAUUUGUGCCUUCUUCCCUAGCUGUAUCUCAAAAGGUGAAUCUUCCUUGGUGGACUCUUACAACCUUUAAGAAUCCAUGUGAACAAUUUGGCCUAAAUGAAGGAUACUUUCUACAAAGCAAACAGGCCACUGAUACAAAUGAAGUAUGUAGCACAGUUAACGGCAUCUAAAUCAGAGACUUGGUCAGCAUGGAAGAGCAGAGUACCACUGUGAUUCAGAUUUAUGCGAAUGGCACUGAGCAGCUAAAUGCUUCGUAUGACUUCAACCUAACUGAUGUUAAAGAGAGUACAGACACUUAUGAGUUUUAUAUCAUUGGCCUGUUUCUGUCCUGUCUUUACACCAUAUUCCUUUUCCCCAUUGGCUUCAUUGGGAACAUCCUCAUUUUGGUGGUCAACCUUAACCACCGGGAGAAGAUGACCAUCCCUGAUCUUUACUUUGUCAACCUGGCAGUGGCGGACCUUAUCCUGGUGGCGGACUCACUAAUUGAGGUCUUCAAUCUCAAUGAGAAGUACUACGACUACGCCGUUCUCUGUACCUUCAUGUCCCUAUUCCUCCAGGUGAACAUGUACAGCAGCAUCUUCUUCCUGACAUGGAUGAGUUUUGACCGCUACGUUGCUCUCGCCAGCUCCAUGAGCAGCAGUUCGUUGCGAACCAUGCAGCACGCCAAGCUCAGCUGCAGCCUCAUCUGGAUGGCUUCCAUCCUGGCUACUCUGCUUCCUUUCACCAUUGUACAGACGCAACACACCGGCGAGGUGCACUUCUGUUUCGCCAACGUCUUCGAGAUCCAGUGGCUCGAGGUCACGAUUGGAUUUCUGGUGCCCUUCUCCAUCAUUGGCCUGUGCUACUCCCUGAUUGUUCGCAUUCUCAUGCGCUCUCGAAAGCACAAGGGCCUGUGGCCCCGCCGGCAGAAGGCCCUGCGCAUGAUCGUGGUGGUGGUGCUAGUGUUCUUCAUCUGCUGGCUGCCUGAGAAUGUCUUCAUUAGCAUCCAGUUGCUCCAAGGCACGACCGACCCAUCUAAGCGCACUGACACAACGCUGUGGCACGAUUACCCGUUGAGCGGACACAUCGUCAACCUGGCUGCGUUCUCCAACAGCUGCCUGAACCCAAUCAUUUACAGUUUCCUAGGAGAGACUUUCAGGGACAAGCUCCGGCUCUUCAUCAAACGGAAGGCCAGUUGGUCUGUGGUCUAUCGCUUUUGUCAUCACACUCUUGACUUGCAACUUCCACGACUCAGGAGUGAGUCUGAAGUAUAGCACAGAAUCUCACAGCUAGAGGCCAUCGGGAGAACCAGGACGUUUUCUGAUGGGCUGCCCAUGAAAUGGGGCCAUGAUAUGCCAAAGUGGGCCACGAUAAGCUUAAAGGGUCUGUGAAAUGUUGCUGCGAUAUGCUGAAGGGGGCCACAAUAUGCAGAAGGGGACAGCAAAACACAUUAUCAACACCCUCCUUCUCCUGGUUGACAACUUGACAUCAAACAUCCCACCAUCUACAAAGUUUGUCCUGGGCCGAUUUUGGUUUCCAGUUCGCUCUUGAAGUUGUCCUUUAUCUUACAUAAGAAAUUCUAAACUCAGUGGUUUUACAUAUAAGCUUACAGAACUUUGGGAAGCUGUGAUCAAGAUGUGACAGAGAGACCCAUGGUUUUGGCUUGUUGAAAUGAACAGAGGAAUCGAUUUUCAUCUGAAAUCAGAUUCACGGAUGUUUCAGGGUAAAUAACGUGUUGAUGAAACAGAUUACAAGACAAGGAUGAAAAGCUUGGCUUAAAGCUAACUUUUUGCUGAUAUUUAAAAUAC